UGGGCAUCUUGUGGAGAGUGUGAGAUUUUGUAAUGCGUAACAUUUGCAUCGACUGCAGCAGUGGAAACUUUCAACUUGCAGCACGUCGAAAUGUGCCCUCCUACUUUCUCCCGCCGCUGAACCACCCACUGCAGCUGCCACCUACUUCGACGCUUGAUGUACGACGAACAACCGGUACAGUGUGUGCGAUUGUAUGGAAGAUCUCGAAAGAAGUGCGUGCAUACCGUUGAAUCUAUCAGCGAAAAACAGGGCUCUCGAAAAUAGUUGUUUUGAUCUUUCGGUGCGCUUUUAGUGGUUGUGUAAUUCCAUACUUUCGCUCGUGUGCAAAAAGCGAACGCAAUUAAAUUGCCCUGAUGCGGCUCUAAUCAGGAGUUACCGCGGUAAAGGGAUUCAAGAAAGUUGUCAGUGUUUAAGGUAUAGGCUUGCUGAUUAGGCCUAAUUCGUCUCGCUUCGGAAUAGUUCGGAUGAUAUCUAGCUACAUGCAACGUUUACGGGACUUGCAGUUUGUAAAAAUGAGAACAUCGUCCACGUAUACUGCUACGAACAGUACUUUAUCUUCGCUAAUCUUGUAGUAUACACAGGGGUCAUACACGGUGCACUCGAGGCCAAAUGUUCGAAGUGCAGUGUUCAACUUUGUAUUCCAGACUCGACUAGAUUGCUUUAGCAUGAGCAUGAGCAUGAUUGACCGCCCGCGGUUGCUACUCCGUUAUUGCCAGAUCAGCUGUAAUUACACAGAGAACCAACAGAUGAUGCUUGGGACCAACAUGCAUCCUCAAUGUGUAAAAACCGGUGACCUUAAUCUUUAUAUUAGGCAAUACCAGCGCCGGCCGCAUCCGAAUGCAGGUCAAAGAAGGAAUUUGUAUAGGAAAAUGUUGACGUGAUACUCGCUUAUUGGAAGCCGAGAACACCUCUGCACUUCCACGAGAAAUCACUGGGAUGUUGGAGAAAGGGCAAGUAACCACACCGGAAAAAUACUACAUUUUAUCCUCCGAUGAGAUUUACGAAGUUCGCGACUCAAAUGCACCGUAUGUAACUGGAUUUUCGUUCCCCUUAGUCGAACCGGAGGAAGUCGAGAGACUCGAGAAUUCGGUCUCUCAAAACGAUCGCAUCCGCGAGGAAUAUGUAAACUUUUUGACUCGCAAGAAACCUGCUGGAAUGUCGAUAGUUCAAUUUCUUCCAAUGGUUUUCUCGGACGAAGCUCUGGAUGGAUAUAAUUACAACGGAUCUAAUGCGCUCGGAAAAUGCAAAUUGCCCAUGAAAGGGUAUGACAUAUUUUCGCACUGCUUUAUUGAAAUGAUUAUCAUCUAUAAGAAUUAGUUACUUAACUUCAAUGGAAAGGUUAAUAAAGUCUUUGGACGGAUAGAAGACCGAGUGAUUGUGAUCGUAGCGGAGAAACUUCGCCAAACAUUAAUACGGUAACUGAUCGGAAUCGAACCAUCAAUUUCGUUCCUGAGUUUCACUAACCGGCUGCGCAAUGGUACGGAAUAUAAUGGCGGUGUGCGUCGUGUGUUUACUUUGUGCCGACCACCUGCCCUGUAAACGACACGAUGAUGAUCCUAUGCUCGGACGGAUAUCGACAGCUAGCAACGCAAAUUCCGUCUACCGAAGAGAGCUUGACUUUCGGCGAUUGAACGCAUCAUGGAACCACCCGGGUAGUGAAAAAGCUCGCUUGGUAAAGCGACACAACCACCACAGCGGCGAUCAUCAUCACCAUCACGGCGAGGAGGACGACGAUGAGGAAGAGGACUUAGCGUAUAGGCAAGCGGCGAACGAAAAAAUGGAUAGUUUCAUACGUAAAAUCUUCGGCGAGUUUGGAGACGCCCUAUCGAUGACGAUGGACGUAACCGGGUUCGAGAAUAUGAUGAAGCGGCUGAAUAUGUACCGACUGGUGACGGACGGAGAGACGACUCGGUCCUCGGUUGCCGUGCAACCAAUCGCCAGCAGUGAUCACCCGGAUGGAGAUGAUGGAUCGUGCAUCAGCAGUAUCGAUUUUGUGCAGCAGAUCGCAGCGCCGAAACCCCAAACGGUGGCUUCUACGGUAGCAGUGACUAACCAAUCUAAAGCGAACGAUAGUUCAACUAGCGGCAGCAGUAGCAGUAACAUUAGCAGUACCACCAUAAGCAGCAGUAGUUAUAACUCUAGUGAUAAAAUAUCCAAUAAGACUAACCCUAAUAUCAGCACUAACAGUAGCAGCAGCAGUUUAUUAAGCGAACUGGAUCGGUUAAAAUCGUCAAUUCGAUUAGAUCGGCAGGAUCUGCUCAAUAUUUGUCCUAUUCUGUUGGCACAGUUAUCAUCUAAGACUUCCCGCGAGCGGGCCGGCUGUAUUGAUCCAAGCAGUGUCCCUCAACUGAGCAGUCUCGCGGAGGGAUCGUCCGUUUCUUCGGUGCACCACGCGGGUGAACACACGCACUGCUGUGAUUCUAUCGAACUGACCGUAUGGGUUUACUCCACCAUAGCCGUGUUGGGAGUAAGUUUAUGUGGCUUACUUGGCGUUGCUGUGAUACCCUGUAUGGAUAGGCACUUCUAUCAGCAUGCGUUGCAAUUCUUGGUAGCGCUGGCUGUCGGAACACUCUGCGGGGAUGCUCUGCUUCAUCUGCUUCCGCAUGCCAUGAUGGAAACUACGAUGGCGAAUUCGCACGACGAGAUGAUGUACAAAGGUUUAGCAGCCGUUGCAGGAAUAGUUUUCUUCUACUUCAUGGAACGCUUCUUGACCGUUGUCGCAGAAUGGUACAAACAUCAGGAGAAAAAAGAUAAACCAUCUUCGCGGGUUCGAGUGAUGCGUGAUCCCGAUGCCGGCUCAUUACAUGGCGGUUCUGGCGGAGAAAAACAGUGCAAACACAAGUAUAGUUCCUAUCCAUACUGCUACGACGAGAUCGCCAUGGAGACUAAGGAUGAUCAUCACGAGCAUAACCACGUCUCAAACCACGAGCGACUAAACAACCAUAAUAGUGCAACAGCAAAAUGUGCAAACCACGGAGAACACGGGGACCAUACGACAGAGUAUCUCAAUCUCCAACAAGGCAACGGAAAGGAAGAUCCUGGCAGCCUGGACAACAAUACUAUCUCGACCAAUUUAGACGACGCAUCCAUUGAAAGAGAGCAGGCGAACAGCCACCAGAAGCCAAAAAUGAGACCGGAAAAUUACACCAUCAUUCUGCGGGAACACGAAACCAAACAUCACGGUCAUUCUCAUGCGCAUGGUCACGUGCAUUCGCCGCCUGGUUCGCUGUCGGCCGUUGCCUGGAUGGUCAUCAUGGGUGAUGGACUGCACAAUUUCACCGAUGGUAUGACGAUUGGAGCCGCUUUCGCCAACAACAUUGCUGGUGGCUUUUCCACUGCUAUCGCGGUGUUCUGCCACGAGCUACCACACGAGCUGGGUGAUUUCGCGGUACUGUUGAAGGCGGGAAUGUCUGCCCGAGAUGCCGUCUACUACAACCUGCUGUCGUCCAUUUUGAGCUUCAUCGGGAUGGUGGUGGGAAUUGUCAUUGGACACCAGCCGGAAGCGUCGGCUUGGGUGUUUUCGGUCGCAGCCGGACUGUUUUUGUACAUCGCCCUGGUGGAUAUGAUUCCGGAGCUCACCUCCGCCCACGGGGCCGAAGAUCGCUGCAAGACGUCAGAAUUCCUAUUGCAAUUUUUCGGCAUGAGUGCCGGUUUUGGCAUUAUGCUGCUGAUUGCCACCUACGAACAUGAUCUCAAAGAACUCUUCGUCGAUUAAAGGGACAGUGACUGUGUAGAAUUUAACAACACCAUUCGCAUUUGGUUAUGCUAUAUAUUUUCACUAUUCGCGUGUAACAUCGAGUACAGUACAGUUUUACUACCGAUGAAUUAUGAAUGCUAUUUUCCCUGUUCGCGUGCAGCAUCGUUUGUAACAGUAAAAUGUAACUACCGAUGGUUUUAUUGAUUUGUUGGAAAUUUGAUAUAAGGCGCUUCGAUUAUGAUCAAAAGUUCAGCAACUUUUGUCAACAUUUCAUCAAUCUGAAUUUUUUUUAGAAUCAUAAAUUCUGAUGGCUAAGCAUUGUCACUAAUAUUAAGGGAGCUUCCUACUGUUGCAAAAUAAAUAAUUUGCCUCCCGGUUUUCUAACGAAUUUAGUUAAUCACCUAUGAUUAAGUUUAAAAAACACACGAAACUAAACUUGUACAGUAGUUUUUCGCAGCAUGAUCUUAAUCUAUUUCUUUAAUGCAACACGCAAUAAAAGUAAGUAGUAAAUAGGUAACGUAAGGAGCAGUCAGCUUUCUAUCUCAGCGCCUUCAUAACCCUAUACGACUGACCCCCGCCGACCAGUUUAAGGUUUUCUUAAACAAGAAUUAAUUUUUCGCACAUGCAUACAGACACACGCGGGAAGAAUACAAACAGUGCAUUUAACACAGAUCAAUGGUAAUGAAAAUUUUAGUCUCUAAAAAAACGUUUCUCAAGAAAUAUUUUUUUAUGUUUGUAUCAAUUUCAUUUGCUUUUGCGCAUUACCCUAUUCUGCCGUGAGAUGACAUUGUGACGUAGAUCCAAGUGAUCAGUUUUUCAGUACGGCCCAAAAACUAAAGAAUUCUUCGUCACUUUUGUAGGGAAAUGUGUGCCAACGUCACUUUGUUUUUUUUUUGAUUUUAUGCAACGUACGAAUAAGUAACAACGAAAAGGAAGAUACCAAAAGAUAGGUUUUCGAAUAAUGAACAAAUUGGCAUGAAAAACUCAUAUUCGAGAAAGUGGCACUUACGUCACUUUGUCAUCUCACGGCAGUAUUGGUUUCUUAGCAUUAAGUAGGAGUAUAACAAAUUUUAGUAUCCGUUUUCACACUCGCGGUUGCUUACGAUGAGUUAUUAAUUUUAGAUAAUAAAUUAACAACUAGGUAAGAGAAAGCCGUCAACUUUUUUUUUGCUUGAUUUGCAAGCUCAAACAAAGAGAAAAAAUUAAAAGAUUCAUAUGAAAGGUAAAUAAAAUCCACAGAUUCAAAUCAUAA